GUGGUUCCCCGUGACUUGAACUCCUUUUAUACUCUUUCUUUUCUUCUAUUUACUUCCCCUCACUUCGCUCCAAACACCAUCAACUUCUUCUUCUUCUUCUUCUUCUUCUUCUUGCGUUUUUUAUUGUUCAUUCAAUUUCUUUUUCUUCUCUCAUCAUCUCAACCAACAAAUCAUUUAAUUGCAAUCAUCUAUGGCGUCUUUCGACCCGAACGUAGAUUCAAGUAAUUCCGACACGUUGCGAGAAUCCAAUCACAAGAAGCGCAGAAAAAUCGGAGACCACGCCGCCGGCGAUCUCGAUUUCGCCGCCGCCGUCCCUUGGAGAUCCGACGUGGAGCAGCGGAUCUACUCCCGCCGCCUCGUGGAGGCUCUCCGCCGCACUCCGUCAUCGGCGACCAAGCCUAGAGCCGCCGGCCAGGUCCGCGAGACCGCCGACCGCGUCCUCGCCGCCACCGCCAGAGGCCGAACGAGGUGGAGCCGCGCGAUUCUCAAGCGCUGGAGGAAGCUCCGCAUGCAGCACAAGAAGGCGAAGGCGGCAUCGUCCAACAACGGUUUGAAGAGAACGAGGAUUGGAAACGGAGAGAGGAGGAACCGGUUACCGGCUGUUCAGAAGAAAGCGCGCGUUCUCAGCCGGUUGGUUCCCGGUUGCCGGAAGGUUUCGUUCCCGAACCUUCUGGAAGAAGCCACGGACUAUAUCUCCGCCUUGGAGAUGCAAGUGCGAGCCAUGACGGCUCUGGCCGAACUACUCGCCGGCGCCGCGCCGGCAAAUCUCGCCGGCUCCGCGUUGAGUUGACCCGCGCGCCUAGGCUAUAUUGCGCCAGGUGUUUUUUAUUUUUUAUUUUUAAUUAUUAUAUCGUUUUUUUUUUCAGAUUCAUGUAUUUUAUCGUGUACACUGUACAUGCCAUUUGCUUAUUCCUCCUUCCUUUGAGUUCCACUAUCACCACCUCCAUCUUCUUUUUUUCUUUCUUUCUUUUAUUCUUUCAUAUUUAAUUGAAUGUGAACAUGCAUACCUA